AUGAAAGCUCGGGCGCGCCGGGCCCUGAGCCCUCGACUGCGGGGCGCGGACUCUGUGCAGAUCUGGCAGCAUCAAAGCCACCGUAGAGGCGGCGGAAUGUCUGAGAUGUGCGGUUCAUGGGCCUACGAGGCAGCACGGGAGGGUGUCGGUCGGUGGAGGGGGCACGCACCAGGCGCCGCGAUGUUGAGUGCCUGUGAGCCGGAGGUAGCAGUGGUAGCGGUACUUAACGGUCAGACAGCGUGGCCAGCCAGCCCAAGGGAAACCAGACGAGACUGUGCGGCGGAGGCGGCACCCCCAGGAUGCCAGUCGGCCGACACCACUAAGUUACUUUGGUACCCUGUCGUGGGCGGGAUCGGGGAUCGCGCCAAGCGCCAGGAAAUGGGUGAUCGACCAGAAGCUGUCGACCCGCCGCCACCACUGCUCGGGCCCGGCCACCGAGAUCCGGGUCACAAGCAGUCCGUCGCCCCAGGAGGCCCUUCCUUCGCCGAGGCCGACGACGAUGACAACAACGACGGGGGUCAGACGCGGACGCGGCGACCGUCGGGUCGAGGCUGA